GGUGUAUACCAGGCAGUGGUCGACCAUCAGAUAGCGCGGCGAGCUGUGAACCAUGUUGACCUUUGGUAGUUCAAAGUUCAUUAACAGGACGUCGUUGAGUUUACAGUUAGUUGUAGGUGGUGGCGAUCGUAACCUAUAAAGAUGAGCACUGUCAUUAGCGUGGAGAAUGUCGCUUUACUCGGGGUAGUUACACUGGCAGGAGGGUAUCAACUUGGAAGUUUCGCCAAGCGAGUUGGGAGGAAGAGGUACCAGGUGAAACUAGCCUACCCCGCUGUUACUGGUCAUCCUGACUUUGAGUUGAUCUACAGAGCCCAACAGAACUGUUUAGAAUUCUACCCAAUCUUUAUGUCAGCGUUCUGGACAUCUGGCUUGUUUUUCAAUUCAGUACCUACCUUUCUGGUCGGGGUUGUUUACCUCUACGCACGUGAGCGAUACUUCACUGGCUACUCUAAAAGUGCAGAAGGAAGAAUGCCAGGGUUCCGGUGGAGCGUCCGAUGCCUGAUGGCCCUCUGGGGUAUGGGGAUAGCUGGACUGGGCCACACCCUACUGAAGCAGUAUGCCGGGAUCGAUGUGUACGGGCAGUAUCUACAACAAUACCUGAAGUUUUAAUGCCUACCAAGUACAAAAGCUUGACGACGGAAGUCUCAAACCAUGUUCCUCAGGAAACGGAUAAUUGAUGAAUAAAAUUGUCAGAUAAUACGAUUCUGUUUCUGCAUUGUAACGUCUAUUGGAGGUAUAGACAGCAGAAUCGCCUUUGUAAUUUCUAGAUAAAGUUUAUCUUUAUCAUAAAUGUCAUCAACGAGUUCCCAGUAAUACACAGUAUCAUGCAUUUCUUCACUGAUCGUGUCUUGCCGUUUUUUGUUUGAUAUAACGUUUUUGACAUUAUUAUGUAUAUUUUUAUAUGAUUUUAUAUCAAAGUGAUUUUGAUAGAAUAUGACACAAUAAACAGUUAUAGGUAAA